AAUCCUCAAGAAAAAUUUAGAACCGUCUUCUUGAAUACUAUAAUUACAAUCCCAUCGCCGUGACUAUGCCGCCGCUUCUUUGCUGAUUCUCAAUUGAAUCACAGAACUCCGAUCCAAGAAUCAAUGCAUCUUAUCUCCUAAUGCUAAUUUUCUCCAACUGCUACCCAAUUCUCACAAAACAAAUCAAACCCUAGCUCACUUCAGUUGUCAUCAUCAUGGGUGAUUACAACGAUGCCUUCAUGCGCAACCAAAACGCCGCCGUUCGAGGCACCACCAAGGGCCAGAACCGCGCUAAUGUUCUCCAGCUCAAACUGAUUGGGCAAAGCCACCCGACUGGUUUAACAGCUAAUUUGUUGAAGCUGUUUGAGCCUCGACCUCCGUUGGAGUUUAAACCUCCUCCAGAGAAGACAAAAUGCCCCCCAUAUACUGGCAUGGCCCAGUUUGUCAGUCGGUUUGCUGAGCCUGGGGAUCCUGAGUAUGCUCGGCCCGUCCAGGAAGCUGAAACUCCUGCACAAAGAAGGGCUAGAAUUCAUAAGUUACGAUUAGAGAAAGGUGCUGAGAAGGCUGCUGAGGAGCUUCAGAAAUAUGAUCCAAAUAAUGACCCAAAUGUUUCAGGAGAUCCAUACAAGACAUUGUUCGUUGCUAGGCUUAAUUAUGAGACAACAGAGAGUAGGAUUAAAAGGGAGUUUGAGUCUUAUGGACCAAUAAAACGGGUCCGACUGAUUACUGAUAAAGUUACAAAUAAACCUAAAGGCUAUGCUUUCAUUGAAUAUAUACAUACUCGCGACAUGAAAGCUGCAUAUAAGCAAGCUGAUGGGAGGAAGCUCGAUGGCAGAAGGGUACUUGUGGACGUUGAGCGGGGCAGAACUGUUCCAAAUUGGCGGCCACGCCGACUGGGUGGUGGACUUGGAACAACACGGGUUGGGGGUGAAGAUGUUAAUCAGAGGCAUUCGGGAAGAGAGCUACAACAGUCAGGAGGAUCAUCUCGAUCUGAGGAGCCAAGGGCGCGAGAAGAUCGUCAUAGUGAACGGGACAGGGAAAAAUCUCAUGAAAGAGGAAGGGACAGAGAGAGGGAACAGGAGAGAUCUCGUGAGCGCUCCCAUGACAGGCCAAGGGAACGUGACCAUAGAGAAGAUAGGCACCACAAAGAUCGUGACAGGGAGAAGGACCGGGAUAGGGAGAGAGAACGUGUGCGUGAACGUGAUCGUGAUCGAGAACGUGUGCGUGAACGUGAUCGAGGCCGGGACCGUGGUCACGACUAUGAGCGUGAUCGUGAUAGAGAGCGUGGACGAGAAUAUGAUCGUGAUCGCCCCCGGGAGAGGGAGAGGGAGAGGGAUUAUGAAGGUGGUGACCACGAUCGUGGACGUUCCCAUGAGAGAGAUGAUUAUGAUCGUGUUGACUCGAAACACGAGAAGGAUCGCCGUGCUGAAAGGGACUAUGAUCAUGCUGAGCCAGAGGAUGACCUUGGUUGGUAUGAACAACCUGAGCAGGGACGCAGGAGGCCAGAUGCAGAGCAUGAUCAGCGUUAUGAUCAUUAUGAACAUCACCGAAGUAGGGGUCAAUAUGAUCACAUGGAUGUUCAAGGUGACCAUGACCGUUAUGAUCAAUAUCCUGGCCAUGAUCCUGAUCGUUAUGAUCAAAUGGACGAUGAUGAUUAUCAUUAUGAUCGUAGAGCAUCCGAGUCACGUGAAAGAGAUCAUGAAUAUCAGCGCUCGGAGAGGUCACUUUCCCGGGACUAUGACAAUUGAAAGUGCAACUUUACUGUAAUUUGCUUGUCACCGACGUUAACGGAAGCCCAUUUUGCUCUAGUGCUCUUUGCCUUUGUGAGUGAGUUUAGGUGGUGGUUUUGUUGUCUUUUGCUUUAAAAAUUGGCGGUUGGACUUCCAUUUGAUUUUGCAAGUUAAUAGGAUUAAAGGAUAUUUGGUUGUUUUGUUGGAGUUCGUUCCUAAAUCUGAAACGAAUCGGGUUGCUUAGCUUCUGCUGCCAGAUUGCAAUAUCAACUUAUGCUGUAUUAGAAUUUAGCAUGUUAGAGUGGUAUUCGCUUGACUAGAUUUUACAUUGAGCAAUGAGGUAAACCAUACAAAUGCAUUUAUGUAUAUUGCGUUACCUCUCAAAUUCAUGCUAAUUUGUUUGUAAUACAUUGUGGUUGAUUUUCAUCCAAAGUUUUUGGUACUGUUCUUUUA